UUGCCCUAAAUGUACAUUUCCCAAAGUACCUGAGAAAAUAGCAGAAAUGUCAACUAUUUUCAGGAGAAGGAGGUCACCGUUUAUGAGUUUUGAUCUUUAUCUCUAGCCAAAUUUGAUUCGUCCUUCUCUUCUUCUAUUUCAAUUCCUGUAUACGGCGUUCCAAGGCAUUCCUGCCAAACAACAUGGAAUGAAACAGAUAAUUCCAACGUCCAGCCAUCCUCCAUUGUUCAUCAUAGAUACUGUAGUCAAGAUUUAGAUUGGCGAAUUAGCUUCACAAUCUGCUGCGAAUGGCCGCUUGACUAAUCCAAAAAAGGAACGAUAUGGAUGAUCGAUGGUCACUCCCAAGUUAAAUUGCUCUCGUUCAUUCUGAUUCUGGUCGAAUCGGGAUAUGCUGAAGCUGUGGAGAUGGUAUACGAGCUACUUGGCUGCUCACCCAGUCAAGACACAGGUCAUAAGCUCUGGUUUGAUAUGGGGGGUUGGUGAUAUAGGUGCCCAGGCCAUCACUCACUCCACAGCCUUGAGCCAAAGGCCAAAUGAGGAUGAUGAUAAAGAGUUUAAGAUCAACUGGAAACGGAUGGCUGCAACCAGCUUGUUUGGGUUUGGAUUUGUUGGUCCAAUUGGCCACUACUGGUAUGAAGGCUUGGACCGAUAUAUAAGAUUUAAACUCAUGCUUAAACCUAAUUCCUUCCGUUUUGUUGCCACUAAAGUUGCUGUCGAUGGGUUUAUCUUUGGACCAUUGGAUUUAGCUGUAUUUUUUACCUACAUGGGUUUUGCCACUGGGAAGAGUUUUCCUCAAAUUAAAGAAGAUGUGAAGAGAGAUUUUCUGCCAGCCUUUGUUUUGGAAGGAGGCAUAUGGCCAAUUGUUCAAGUUGCAAAUUUUCGAUUUAUACCUGUGAGGUAUCAGCUCCUGUAUGUCAACUUCUUCUGCUUGUUGGAUAGCUGUUUCUUGUCUUGGAUUGAACAGCAACAGGAUGCUCCUUGGAAAGAAUGGAUAAAAUCUUUUCUACCUGUGAAGGAAGAGAAGCGCCAAAAUGGAUAAUUGCUUUUUGAUCUCUCUCCAUCUUUUUAUUCCUAGCUUUGCCAUUCAUCGUGAACAUGACCAAAAAACAAAGAUUGACAAGGUUAGAAGCAUAUACAUUCUGCUUAAGACUUUCAGAGUGAAGAUUCUGGAAGCGAUGCUUUCAUGUGAUAUUUGUUUCUUCUUAAAUACAAGUUGACACUUUCGUUGAAUACAUGUAAGAUGAGUUUGCUCUCAAUUCCGUAGUCCUCCAGGAUCUUAAUUUUGAUUACCUCUUUCCUUAACUGGGAUUCAUCUAUUACACAUUGUGUUGAAUACUGUUUGUUUGGGCGGAAAAAGUCAUACAGACUGUUUCCUGACUAUAGACUGUCACCAAGUUUGUCUGAGUAAAAAAGUUCGGAUUCCUCCAUUUUGCACUGUGGGGAGAAUUACAGAGGGA